AGUGGGAAGAGGUCGUAUGUCGCGUGCGGGAAAAAUUCGUGCAUUCCCGCGAAACCAAAGUAAUCAAUCGAGAUAACGGAGUCGUGGUUAUUUUCGCGCGCGCAGUUCCAGGCGAAUAUAACAUACAACACCACAGAACAUAUAAUACCGUAAUGGCGACGCCGACCAACAGCAGCGGUAACCUCGUCGACGAGUUCGAAGAAUCAUUUCAGCAAUGUUUGAGUAUAUUGACAAAAGACGAGGGAUUGGGCAACAGUGGAACCGGUGCGUCUGGUGGUUUGACAGUGGAUAAAGACGAAGGUCGCGCGGAAAUAGAACAGGCUACCAUGAGAUUUAUAGACCUGGCCAGGCAGAUGGAGGCUUUCUUUUUACAAAAGAGAUUUCUCUUAUCUGCGCUGAAACCCGAGAUGUUGGUUAAGGAAGAAAUCAAUGAGCUGAAACUGGAGUUGGCGCGUAAAGAAGAACUGAUAAAAAGACAUAACGAUAAGAUUUCUGUCUGGCAGAAUAUGUUGUCGGAUUUACAAGGAUGGGCGCAGUCACCUGCUCAAGGCCCAGCGCCUAGUGGAUUACCCAAUGGAAAUCAAAGUGGACAGAAUCAGCAGGCUACAGGUGGCAGUGGUAAUGCUUCAAUGCAGCAACAACAGCAAAUACUACAACAUCAGCAGCAAUUACAACAGCAAUUACAGCAGCAACAGCAGCAGCAGCAUCCACAAUUGCAGCAACAAUUGCAGCAGCAAAUGCAACAUCCGUUGCAACCACAGGUGCAACAGGGUUCUGGUGGCCCGCCUACAUCAGGUCUUCAGGGGGUUGGUGUGCCAGUCAAUCAGCAGGGCAUGUUCAUGGCACAAGGUGGUGUAGGUGGCAGAGCCACCGGAUUCCCGGUCGGUGGUAUGGGCAGUAGCGCCCUGCAAGGGCCCCUGGCCUACCUGGAAAAGACAACGAGCAACAUAGGGAUGCCAGAGAGGCGGAGUUGACGCGGAAGGGGAAUGCGCCCCUUCCCUCUCCGCAACAGCAGCCGCCACCGCCUUGCACAUAAUACGUGUGGCAUUUUUAAUUUCUUCUUCUGGAAGAGAGAGACUAUUUUUUGUACUUCCAAGGUCGAACACAUUUAGGUUGUUAUGGGGUUGUGUUUGAUGUUGGAUUGUUGAUUUGAAUGUACUAUAUCAAUGGUGAUGAUAGUGACGUUGUGCUAAUAAUUAAAGUGCAGUUGAUAUGCGUUACUGUUAUAUUGUGGAAAUAGACACAACAAUGCAUACAAAUAUCAUAUAAUUUACGAGCUUACUGAGGUCUCCAUGGUAAACGCGUUUUAACAGUGCCAGUUUUAUUGUGAUUCAGCUUUGGAUUGACAUUACGACUAUACGAACAUUCUUUCGCAUUCCUCUUAAAACUGUUCUGUACGCGAAAGACAGACAUUUUGUAUUCUUUGUACUAGUCGCAGAAAUCUUAAGACGGGAGCAAGCUUACAUGAAAAUGUAAAAUUGCGACGUAGAGUGACAAAAGUAUGAUAAUACGUUGCAACUGAAGCGGCAAUAAACUGUACAUAAUAACGAGAUGUGAGAUGUGAGCAACAUGAUACUUUUACUCGUUAAGGAUAAGGAUAUCUUCCUAUUUCUUUAUACUACAUCGUUAGUUUAUAUUCUCUGAGAUCGCCGACACUUUUAUAAUAAACUGCGUUCAUCGCUUCUACAGUGCCUUUGGAUACCUAUCAAAUGUACUGUUCGUGCGAUAUCAAUAAAAUGUACUAAUGUACCGUGCAAAAUCAAAAUGAAUAUUACAUUUGUUGGUCGCACUAAUAUAAGCAUUUCUGUCCUGAAUAUUUACGUACAAACUUAAAAUUUUUAUCCAUGUUUACAUAAAUUCUUAAAAGUAUAACACACUUCGUGUCCGUAACUGUAAUGUACACUUAUUAGAAAGCAUUAGAUAGCGUUAAUACAUGUAAAACGAAUCUUAAGAUGUAGUCAAGAUUUUUAAAAAAAUCCUAAAUAUUUUGCUGUCUUUUUAUUAAC